GCGUCGUGCUCCGCGAAUUCGUCGGCUCCGCGCGCACCCGCUAACGCAGGCUUGCGUUGCGAGUGCGCUGCUGACAGCUUCGGCGACGGGACGCAUAGAUCACGCCUCGGAAUGCCAGCAGUGCGCGGAGAGAGCGUUGUGCGAACCCCUCGCCUCUACGGGAUACCCAUGCCAAGGUCUUUGGACGGCGCCACGUAGCGCGGGGCAUGCCGACGCCUGGUUGCAGCAGCAACAGCAGCGACGAUGGCAGCCAGCUGGACUGGGCCAUCGCGGGAUACCGAGCCUGCGCCCAGGAGGCCCUGCGGUUUCUCGUCGAGCAGGAGCAGCUGCCAGGCAACGACCCCGUGGUGCUAGGCCUCUGGCGGCAUUUGGCCCUACAGGAACUCACCAUGGAUGUAGACUGUGCGAUUAGCCAGCAAGCGGCAGAAGGCGAUAUGCCGUUUUCUGUGCCGGAGGAGGAAGACGGUGGUCCGUGCGGUAGUCAGCAGGAAGUAACACCGCAGCAGAUUCAUGAUCCGGACCAGGCACGGCUGAUCAGCCGCCACCCACUGCCUCCGAGCGACGGUCCACAGAGUCUAGUCGACGUGACACCUCCAGUUAGGCCGCCAUACGGGAACAGUGCACCGAUUUCGAGAAGGCAGACAUCUCCCACCACGGAACAAGAACGUCACCCUCAGGAGUAGUGACGAAAUGUGCGCGCCAAGUUGGUGGACAAUGGCCUCGGCGGUCACUAUUUCCGUCGCAAGUCUCGGGGCGACAAAUAAGCUAUACCGUAUGCUCAAUGUUUACGUGCUACUUAUACUAGUUUCGUAUUUUCUUCAUUGCCCCAGAAAUGGCGAACUAUUUUCACUGCCAGUGAAACAGUUUUUAUCAAUGUAUACAUAUACGCUUUAGCAAGCAACGCUCAUAAUUGUCUCGUCUGCUAUAGGGUUUUGCCGCAACGCGAAGCAGCAUGUGGGCUGGUGUUGUGUAUGAAUGGGGGUCACUGUCUCGAAUACGGCGAUUUGCAUUAGCAAGGUUUGCCUUAAGAUAUUUGAGUAUCUCUUCUUCUCCAAUGCCGAUUCCGUAAAAGAUUCGGAAUAUCUUGAGAAAUCUCAAUGACGCGCGAGCGACGGCAAACAUGUGUUCAGCUUGCAACCGCCAUGCUCUCUCACAAAGCUGCAUCUGUGAGCUCUACCAAAGAAAAAAGCGUCGGUCGAAAGUUCUGAAGCCAUUGUACGAGCACAUCCUCCUGGUGCUCCGCCAAGCUCAAGUGAGUGAGGACCCCAAAGCUGUCUGACAAAUACUUCGUCACUGUUUUUAGUGGCUUAGAAGCUUCGAGAAAAAAAAUAUAUAUGUGCGUUCAGAAGAUUCAUUGCCAAACGCGUACACUUUCCAGCGCCACAGAGUUUUUGUUUGUAAAUGUUUACGAACGAGGAGGUAUUCUGCUUGUUAAUAAAGGAUGACUAAAUUUUCUCCUCA